AGCCCCGACCAGAGAGUCAUCUACAGGGUGCUGGAGUGCCAGCCCCUCUUUGACUCCAGUGACAUGACCAUCACUGAGUGGGUUCAGAUCGCCCAGACCAUCGAGAGACACUACGGGCAGUACGACGGGUUUGUGGUCAUCCAUGGCACUGACACCAUGGCCUUUGCGGCCUCCGUGCUCUCCUUUGUGCUGGAGAACCUGCAGAAACCCGUCAUCCUCACUGGCGCCCAGGUGCCCAUCCAUGCCCUGUGGAAUGAUGGCCGGGAGAACCUGCUGGGGGCCCUGCUCAUGGCUGGCCAGUAUGUGAUCCCUGAGGUCUGCCUGUUCUUCCAGAAUCAGCUGUUUCGGGGCAAUCGGGUCACCAAGGUGGACUCGCGCAGGUUCGCGGCCUUCUGCUCCCCGAACCUGCCCCCUCUGGCAGUCGUGGGCACCGACGUCACAAUCAACCAGGAGCUGGUGCGGAAGGCCCGGGGGAAGGCCCCGCUGGUGGUGCACAGCUGCAUGGAACGGGACGUGGGCCUGCUGCGCCUCUACCCCGGGAUCCCCGCGGCCCUGGUCCGGGCCUUCCUGCAGCCCCCCCUGAAGGGCUUGGUCAUGGAGACGUUUGGCUCAGGGAACGGGCCCACCAAGCCGGACCUGCUGCGGGAGCUGCAGGCCGCGGCUGAGCGAGGCCUCAUCAUCGUCAACUGCACUCACUGUCUGCAGGGCGCAGUGACCUCCGACUAUGCAGCUGGCAUGGCCAUGGCAGGAGCUGGCAUCGUCUCCGGCUCCGACAUGACGUCGGAGGCCGCCCUGGCCAAGCUGUCCUAUGUGCUGGGCCAGCCCGGGCUGAGCCUGGACUGCAGGAAGGAGCUGCUGGCCAGAGACCUUCGUGGGGAGAUGACGCUGCCUGCGGGGGCCAAGGGCCAGCCCUCACUGAGUCGCAGCACGCUGGGCCGGGGGGUUGCCCAGCUCCUCACUCUGAGCCAGGAGGCCGAUGCUGUCCGGGACGCUGUGGCGCCUAGCCUGGCCUGUGCUGCGGCCCACGCUGGCAACCUGGAGGUGUUGCAGGCACUUGUGGAGCUGGGCAGUGACCUGAGCCUAGAGAACUUUAACGGUCAAACUCCUCUGCACGCGGCCGCCCGGGGAGGCCAGGCGGGGGCGGUCACCAUGCUGCUGCAGAGAGGGGUGGAUGUGGACUCCCGAGAUGAGGACGGACUCAGCCCGUUGCUGCUGGCCGUGAAGGGCAGGCAUCGGGGUGUCAUUGAGCUGCUGCGGGCAGCUGGGGCCUGCCUGUCCCCUGGGGAGCUGGAGGACGUGGGGACAGAGCUGUGCAGGCCACUCUGUGACACACCCUCUCACAGCACUGGAGACCCCCAGCCACGGCCAAGAGGUUCCUUGAACCUGGAAGGGACCUCAGAUCCCUCUACUGCAUGUCCUGCCCACCCUGCCCCACCCCACGGGGCCAGCUCCCCACAAGGGGACCCCCUGGGCCCGGCGCUCCCCCCUGCCUCCCAGGGUAGGUGGGCCCAGUCCCCAGCUCACACCCCCUUCCCCCACUCCCAUCAUCUGGCCAUCCAGAAGUCUCUCCAGUCUGGCUGGAAUCGCUCAGGUCCUCGGGUUCCUCCCUGGGAAAAGCUGGCCCCACUGGUGAGGUGCCUGGGCUUGCCUGUCUGCCCUUCCCCCAGCCACUACCUGUACUGCAGGAGGGAGGUCUCUGGAGACCUUGCAUUUUCAGGAAGUGCUGCCUGGUGUCUACCCUGAAGCUGUCCUGCUGAAGCAGCCUAAGCCAUUCCUUCCUGUUGUGGUGUGCUGGAGGGACAGCAGCACCCCGCCCCUGACUCUGACUGCAGUGUGCCCCACUGCCGGGACUGCUUCCCAUUCUGUUUCUGAGACAGCCUGAAGGUUUUGUUGGGCAGAAUGGCAAUAAAAUCUCUCUGGGGACUCCCCCCUAGGUCCCCAAGCCCAGCUCCAGUGGGUCCUUCUGGGUCCCAGGACUGUGGGUAUGUGUGUGGGGAAUUGCACCCAGGCUCUGGGUCAAAGGGCACCCUGGGGGUGAAGGA